AACCGCUAUAAACCGGCGGCGAUGCGGAUUCUCACCAGCGUCCUCGCUUCCUCGUCCGCGCUUCUCUCCGGCGUCGUGGGCUCCGCGUCUGCCGCGUGCGCCCGCCUCGCGUUCUCGCGCGUAUCCUACGGUCGAGCGUACCCCUCAAGCAUGCCGGCUGCCGCUUGUAAAGCCGCUGCCUCCUCGUCUGCCGCUGCCGACGCCGACGCCGGCGCCCAGAAACCGUGGCUCUUCGUCGGUCUGGGGAACCCCGGAAGGAUGUACAAAGGGACUCGGCACAACGUUGGGUUUGAGAUGAUUGAUGCUAUUGCAGAAGCUGAAAGAAUUUCGGUCAGCAGUAAGCAAUUUAAGGCGAUUGUUGGGAAAGGCCUCAUUGGUGAUGUCCCUGUAAUGCUUGCCAAACCACAGACUUUUAUGAAUGCAAGUGGUGAGUCUGUUGGACAGCUGGUUGCAUAUUUCAAGAUACCACUCAAUCAAUUAGUUGUGAUAUAUGAUGAUCUUGAUCUACCCUUUGCGAAAUUGCGUGUGCUGCCAAAGGGGGGACAUGGUGGGCAUAACGGGAUGAGGAGUAUUAUCGACCAUUUGAAACAGAGCCGCAACUUUCCACGUCUAAGGAUUGGCAUUGGACGGCCACCUGAGGAGAUGGGUGCUAUCAGUUUUGUUCUGCGGUCAUUCAGCAAGCAAGAAAAGGAAGAGAAGCAGAACAUCAGUAACUAUCCUCUCCACUUUCUGCAGCUUGAAAUGACGUUCCAAAGAGGCUUGCAAGCAGUAAGGAUCAUGGUCCGGGAAGGAUUCAACAAGAGCGCUACAUUUGUGAACACUCCACAGCCAUUAGAAAUGUUGAAUAGAUGAAAAUCACCCCAUAUUGCAUCCAAACGCCGUGUAGAUUAUUAGAUUCACAUAGUUGCUGACACAAGGGCCAUCUGCCCCUGAAGGUAUAGCACCGAAGAUUCGCACAGAUUCUGUAAAGAUGUGACCGCACAGGCCACAGCAAGUACUGUAUACAUUUGAAUUUCUAUCCGUUCUGCGAUAA